AUGAAGUAUGAUUUGCUCGACUAUAACAAAGUGAAGAAUGAAUUUUUAGACGGCUUGGCUCAACAAGACUUCUUGGACAAGCCCUUCGUGAAAGUCGGAGAGCCGCUCGAUAUUGAACAGUUUCUCGGCUUUCCAGCAAAGGUCAACAAAUGUAGUGGAAGCAAUCACAGGUCUUGCCAGAGUUCUCAACUCAAACUCAACGAAACGGCCAUCUUAGUCGAGCUCGCAAGGCAACUCACUCUCGUUUUUGUAGUGUUG